CGCCGCCCCGCGCCCUCCGCCCGCGGCGGUGGAUGGCAUGAUGGUGCGGGGAAGGCGCCACGGCCCCGGCCAGCUGAGUCGCGACGGCCACGGAGGCGGCGGCGGCGGUAGCGGGCUCCCCAGCGGCAUGCCAGUGCCCCCCGGGCGCGAUGGCUAGCGGCAGCGCGGGGCAGCCCACCGGCGAGGCGGCUUCUCCGGCUCCCACGAGCGCCGUCGGCGGGGCCGGCGCGCAGCCGCGGAAGAGGCUGGUGUCCGUGUGCGACCAGUGCAAGGGCAGGAUGCAGCUGGUGGCCGACCUGCUGCUGCUGUCGAGCGAGGCCCGGCCCGUGCUCCCCGAGGGCCCCGCCGGCGCCGGCGCCGAGUCCUUCGAGCAGUGCCGGGACACCAUCAUCGCGCGCACCAAGGGGCUCUCCAUCCUCACGCACGACGUGCAGAGCCAGCUCAACAUGGGCCGCUUUGCCGAGGCCGGGGACAGCCUGCUGGAGCUGGGCGACCUGGUGGUGGCGCUGACCGAGUGCUCCGCCCACGCGGCCUACCUGGCGGCCGUGGCCACGCCGGGCGCGCAGCCGGCGCAGCCCGGGCUGGUGGACCGCUACCGGGUGACUCGCUGCCGGCACGAGGUGGAGCAGGGCUGCGCCGUGCUGCGCGCCACCGCGCUGGCCGACAUGACGCCGCAGCUGCUGCUGGAGGUGUCGCAGGGCCUGUCGCGCAACCUCAAGUUCCUGACCGACGCGUGCGCCCUGGCCAGCGACCGGUCGCGGGACCGCUUCGCGCGCGAGCAGUUCAAGCUGGGCGUCAAGUGCAUGAGCACGAGCGCGUCGGCGCUGCUGGCCUGCGUGCGCGAGGUCAAGGCGGCGCCCAGCGAGCUGGCCCGCGGCCGCUGCGCGCUCUUCAGCGGGCCGCUGGUGCAGGCGGUGAGCGCGCUGGUGGGCUUCGCCACCGAGCCGCAGUUCCUGGGCCGCGCGGCCGCCCUGAGCGCCGAGGGCAAGGCGGUGCAGACGGCCAUCCUCGGCGGCGCCAUGAGCGUGGUGUCGGCCUGCGUGCUCCUGACCCAGUGCCUCAGGGAUCUGGCGCUGCACCCCGACGGGGGCGCCAAGAUGUCGGACCACAGGGAGAGGCUGAGGCACUCGGCCUGCGCCGUGUCUGAAGGCUGCACCCUGCUAUCUCAGGCUUUAAGGGAGAGGUCUUCGCCCAGGACUUUACCGCCAGUGAAUUCCAAUUCUGUGAAUUAGCCCCCCGCCCCGGCCCCUCUUCCUCUCCCAGACUGCAGGAAGAUGCUGACUGUCGCCCUCUCCAUGUAUACCAAAGAAUCAUAGGUGAAGCACCCCCCGCCCCCCAGCUCCAUGCUCCAGAGGAAUCUUCCAGAAGGCAGGGCCCUGCAUCCAGCUGACACCCACACUCGGACCCUGCGCCCAGGAGCCCGUGCACAGGAGGAGCCUGGAGAUGGGGAGUGUGGGACCUGCUGUUGCGGGUUACCGCCACCCCACUUCCUCUUCGGGAAUUCCUCACCUAAACCUUAGUACUUGGGCAGGAAGGAGGUGUCAUGGGUUCAUUUCUCUUUUGGUCUUUUUUUUUUUUUCUGAUUAAAAGAAAGGUUACCUCAGUUUUCACUUCUUAGACAUGGAUGUAGCUACCUUUUGUUUUUGUAUGUUGUUAUUUUUUUUAAGUUGGAUUAAGCGUAUACUUGGUGCAGAAAGAGUCUGACCUUGCCAUGUGAUUUGCAAAUGGGGGGAAAGCUACUGUGAGUGUGUGUUUUAUUUUCUAAUUUACACUAGAGUGAUUCCCCCCCCCCUCCCCAAUGUCAAGUUUUUACCUUGCAUGUACUGGAGUAUUUAUUUCAUCUAUUAAAAUGUUAUGUUUCUCAGA